AUGCAGAAACAAGCAGUGGGAAUAGAUUUGGGAACUGUAAACUCUUGCAUGGCAAUUUAUAAACAUGGGAAGGUUAAUAUAAUUGAAACACGUGAUGGAAAAACUACGCCGUCUGUCGUAUUCUAUGAUCCAAAAUCCAAUCAGGUGCUUCUAGGAAAGUCUGCAAUAGAUGACGGCUUUCAAGUGGAAAAUACAAUUUACGAUACAAAAAGAUUCAUAGGGAAGUCAUAUGCCGAGGAUGCGGUCAAGUCAAUAUAUCAGAAGUACCCAUUUACUAUUAAAGAAAAUAAUAACAAAGUUAUCUUCGAGAUUCCUCUAAAGAAAAAACCAAUAAGUAAGACUCCCGAAGAGGUCAGUUCGGAAAUUCUACGUUAUUUUAAGGAGUGCUUGUUGUCGGACUACGACGAAGAGGAAAUUGAUGAGGUGCAUGCGGUGAUCACAGUGCCAGCAUACUUUAGUACGUCUCAAAGGAAAGCUACUUCAGAUGCCGCCGAACUGGCUGGAAUAAAAGUGUUGAAACUUAUGAGUGAGCCUACGGCCGCAGCACUCUUCUAUUUUCACAACACAGACAUUAAGUCUAAUAGAGUGAUGAUAUUUGAUUUAGGAGGCGGUACCUUUGACAUUUCGAUAAUUGAAAAGGACAACGAAAAUAUGAAUGUUUUGUGUGUAGAUGGUGACAGUUAUUUGGGCGGAAGGGAUUUUGACGAAAAUUUGGUGGCUUAUUUCAAAAAGUCCCUUGGUGGCACCAACUGGUCGCAAAGACUGACAAGAAGGCUAAGAGUGGCUGCAAAGAACAUUAAAGAAGUAUUAUCAACAACAAAUGAAUGCACAGAAACUCUUUACCAUUUCUAUGAACAUAAUAAACAUCAGACAUUUUCAAUCACCAGAGAUGAGUUUAAUGAAAUCAAUAAGCAUCUUUUCGAAAAGACUAUAGCCAUUGUGAAAAAUUGUCUUUGUAAAAAUAAAUUAACCACGGAUGAUUUAGAUCACGUUAUUUUAGUAGGAGGAUCCACAAGAAUACCAAAAAUCCGAGAAUUAUUAGGUCAAUUGUUCGGAGCUGAAAAACUUAUUUUAUACCUAAACCCAGAUGAAGCUGUAGCUGCGGGUGCCUCAAUUGAAGCUUACCGAUUAUCUAGAAGUAAAGACGAAUUACUAGAAGAAGCAACAGAUAAAUUACAAUCAAUAAAAAUAAAAGAUGUAAUCCCAUUCGAUUUGGGUGUCCGAAUUUUCUUCGAUCUGUUCGUUCCUAAUAUAUUAAUGAACACACCUCUUCCAAUAAAUAAAACUUGCAUUCUGUACAGCUCCAGUAACGAUCAACCUCAAGCAGAAAUUGAUAUUUUUGAAGGUAAAUGGAAAUAUGCCCACGCAAAUCAUUUCCUGGAUAAGGUGCAGAUCCAGCAGAUGCCAGAAGGAGAGGUGGGCAAGACUGAAGUACAUUUGAAUUAUUCUAUAGAUGAAAAUGGAAUUUUGACUAUUAAAGCUGCGGUCAAAAAUACCGACAAAGUCGAAUCAAAAGAGAUCCCUUUAAAUUCAGAACGUCUAAAUGUUAAAUCUGUGACCAAAUGGAACGAAGAUCUGGAUAGGGAAUUUGAAAGAAAAGCCCUCCUCCAAAACUGCUCGUAUUAUUUGUGCUCCAAAUACAUAUAUUCGGAUAGUGGAAAUGAAGAUGAGUUUCAUCGGGAUUGGUGCGCAGAAAUAUUGGACUACGUGGAAAAUGCGAAAAACUCAAAAGAACUGAGCGACGAACUGCAUAAUUUUCUCGAUGAGUUUCCAGAUAGAUCUUCCAAGUAUAUUAAUUUAUUGAGACGAGUUUUGGAGUCUUCGGAGACCAGUUUAGAGCUAUUACGUGAAAUGUGGUUUAACAGGAAAAAAUAUUUUACUUAA